CUUCAUUUCCCUUCAACAAAUUCAAACAAACCAGAGGAACCCCAUUUGAAAAAAAUCCUCAUAUACAUACCCAAACCCAUUUUCAAGGAUUUUUUUCAUCAAUGGAAGCAGCAGCAAAGAGAUUUCAAGGUCUAAUGGUAACAAUGAUGGUGGUUGUUCUCAUCGCUAUUUCAUCAUCAUCCGCCAUUGUUGCAGCUCAAGAAGCUCCAGCUCCAAGCCCAGCUUCUGAUGCCUCUCUUUCUAUUCCAACUUUAAUGGCUUCUUUUGUUCCUCUUGUUUUUGGAUUCUUUUUCAUCUAAUAAUUCUUCCCCCUAAUUCCUUCUUCUUUUAUUUCAUUUUUAAUUACCAUUUAUAUCUUUUGUAAUUUCCCUAUGGAUAUAUAAAUGUGUGUGUGUGUGUAUGUGUUUUUCUUUUUUCUUUUUUCUUUUAGGGGAUGGUGAUUGAAUUUGUUUGGGUGUGAUUUGGGAUUAUUAUUAAUUUUAUGUAUAUUUUUCCAUAUUAAUUUAAUGUUAUGUUAUGUUAUUAUUAA